AAAAAAAGAACUGUGUGUUUGUAAUUCUAAGUUUGCAAGGAACCCAUCUGCCUAGAGCGAGGACCGGGAGCAUGGGAAGGAUCACAAUUCACGUCCACGUCCUUUUCAUAUACACACAGACCCGACCCUUUCCUUAAAACUGCAUACAUUUCUCUGUUUCCCGUGGAUAAGAUCUCGAAUACAGAAGGACCCCACUUCUUCCAUUAAAUUAACAAUAUCUAUAUCCAACACUGAGAACAACCCAUAUCAUUCUCUGCAAAAUCUGGGUUCUUCCCUCACUCUGCUAUGAUUUCGAUUGAUCCUAUGAUGUUGAAGCAAAAUAAGACGAUUCCUCCUUUGUUUUGACGACUUGGGUUCGGUCUCUUAGCUCGUUUAGAUCCUCCUCCCCCCCUUCUGCGUGCCAGCGAUUCUGGGUGUGAACCAAAAAGCUUUCUCGUUUGCUCCAUUACCAAUUCGUUUCUUUUUCGUUACUUUACACAAGAUAUUUGUGAUUUUCUUCUGUGAAUUGAGCUGAAUUGAAUUUGCUUUGUUGCUGCUGGCGUCCGUGCUUCCUGUCUAACUUAUGGUCAGUGGAUUAGUGUUGACACAAGUUAUUGGUUCAAUUGAAAUGAAAGAGUUUCAGUGAGGAGGAGAAUUAGACUGUCUGGCUAUGGAGAAUUCUUAUAAAGCUAAUGGGAAUGGACCAACUGAGAAUGGAUACUCUGUUGCAAGGCACUCUUAUCAACCCUCCUUGAAGGGGUCACUACCUUGGCUGGAUGUACGGGUGUUUUAUGUAAGAGUGUGCAAGUGUGAGUUUGAUGAUUCCACUCCUGGGUUUCUUACACUGAACCAUGUUCCUUUGAAUCCUGACACUCUUCUUGAAGUUAAUGGUGUUCGUAGUAGUAUGAAUUCUGACGGGAUGUCAACCCUUCUCAAGAGAGACAGGGUAGAUAGAAAAUCGGAAGAAGUAACGUUUGUAAGCACUGAUAGCAUAAGGAUGAGUGGUAGUGUGAAAUUUGAGGUGUUUGAUAAAGAUGUUCUGCUGCUAUCUGGUGUUUUAGAAUUAUGUAAUAAUAACAAUGGUGUUGUUAGGGAAUCAAGUUAUAAUGGACAAAGGUGGAGUAUGAACUGUGAGUCGUACAUAAUUCCAGGCACAAGCUUCUUUAAGGGGAAACAAUUGCUUUUGCCAGACUCAACUCUCCCAACAAUUGAGGUCUACAUUGCAGGCUCCUUCUUGGGUACUCCAAUUAUCUUAACAAAAACCUUGCAGCUUAUACAGAAAAAACAUACAAAGAAGGGGGUGUUGGAUGCAAUUCCAGAGAAUGAAGCCAGUGAAAAUGGGAAAGAUCCUUAUUCAGCACUUGCUUUCCAGGCCCCGGAUUACCUUUGCGACAAACACGAUGAUGAGGAUUAUAACAGCCUCUACGCAGGAACAGCAUAUACUGAUGGCGAAGAUGGAGAACUUUCAUGGUUUAAUGCUGGUGUUAGGGUGGGUGUUGGUAUUGGACUUAGUGUUUGUCUUGGCAUUGGCAUUGGAGUUGGCCUGCUUGUUAAGACCUACCAAGGCACCACUCGCCACUUCAGAAGACGGCUGUUCUAAUUGAAGCUUCUAUUUAAACUUGAAGUUCUCUGCUUUUUGUCCAUCUCCCUCUUAAUCCACACAGCUAACCUUAUUUUUGUCCAUCUCCCUCUUCAUCCAAAGACAACAGGUUUAAAUAUCUUGUCCAACUGAGUGAAGUUCUCUCUCUCUCUCUCUUGCUUACUUUAUGUCUGUAAUAUAGUUUAAUUUUAGUGCCAUUCUAUGUGAGUUAUUUUUCUUUUUGGUGACAAUUUAUGUGAGUUAUGAUCUUAAGUAAAGCAGCAAGAAGUUUUCUUUUAUUUGCUCUACUUAUUAAGGUGUUGAACUGGCGAUAACAUUAUUUGACUUGAGUGGGAUUUAGUUUAGUUUUGAUUU